GGCGGCAAAAGCUUUCCUGCUUAACCCGACGAGAGCUAGGGAUUCAUUGCACGCUCCGUUCGAUUUCUCUUUUCUCUAACCCUAGGGUUUGUUCCUACAAAUCGAAGCUUCAAUAGAACUACUACAAAUUGUCGUCGUUGAAGAGUAUUAUGGAAGUCCAACUGUGAAUGAUAUAUUCAUAUAGCUGAUAUUGUGAGCAUCGUUUCGAUUGAGCUUUAAUGGGAGGAGGACUAGAUUCAUCAGUGGAAUCGCCUAGAAUUAAGCCCAUAAACAAAGGCGCAGUUCACAGAAUUUGUGCUGGACAAGUGAUAUUAGACCUUCCCUCCGCCGUCAAGGAGUUGGUUGAGAACAGCUUGGAUGCCGGAGCCACCAGCAUCGAGAUUGCAUUGAAGGAGUACGGAGAAGAAUCGUUCCAGGUCAUCGAUAAUGGUUGCGGCAUUUCACCUCACAAUUUCAAGGUUCUUGCACUGAAGCAUCAUACAUCUAAAUUAUCAGAUUUUCCCGAUCUUCAAUCGUUAACGACUUUUGGCUUCAGAGGAGAGGCUCUGAGUUCGCUUUGUGCUUUAGGGGAUUUGACGGUAGAGACGAGAACAAAAAAUGAACCUGUUGCGACACAUUUGACUUUUGAUCAUUCGGGCCUGCUAACAGCUGAAAGGAAGACGGCCCGUCAAAUUGGCACCACUGUUACUGUUAAGAAGUUGUUCUUCAAUCUGCCUGUGCGGAGCAAAGAAUUCCAUCGCAACAUCCGGAAAGAAUAUGGAAAGCUUAUUUCUCUAUUGAAUGCCUAUGCGCUUAUUGCAAAAGGUGUUAGAUUGGUUUGCACAAACACAACUGGAAGAAAUGUAAAGGCUGUUGUGCUUAAAACACAGGGAAGUGGUUCUCUUAAGGAUAACAUCAUAGCAGUGUUUGGUAUGAGCACCUUUAACUGCUUAGAGCUUGUAUGCUUAUGUAUAUCAGAUGGUUGCAAGGUCGAUGGUUUUCUUUCCAAGCCUGGAUAUGGCAGUGGACGCAAUUUAGGAGAUCGGCAGUUCUUUUUUGUAAAUGGUCGGCCGGUUGAUAUGCCAAAAGUGAGCAAGCUUGUCAAUGAGCUGUAUAAAGGUGCGAACUCCAGGCAGUAUCCAAUUGCAAUCAUGAAUUUUACAGUUCCAACUGGGGCAUGCGAUGUCAAUGUAACGCCUGAUAAAAGAAAAAUAUUCUUUUCCGAUGAAGGCUCCAUUUUGCGCUCUUUAAGAGAAGCUUUAGAGAAGAUUUACUCACCAAGUCAUGCAAGUUAUUCUGUCAGUAGAUUUGAGGAUCUCAGUCAGGAAAAAAAUAGCUCCAAAUUGGAUUCUCAUCAUCGGGGAUCACAGCUUGCAUUGAAGCAACUAUCUCCGGAUGGCAGUGAUUCUGAAGCAGGGUCAGGGUGUAGUGAAAAACAAUAUGCAGAUGGUGGCAUUCUUCACAGAACAUUCAAAGUACCCCGUAUUGUCGAGGUGGUAGACAAUGAUGAUGAAAAUUCAAUUGGAAAAGACUUUUCUCUUAAGGUCCAUGGAAUUAAGAAGGCUGACAGCUUAUCUGGGAGUUACAAUAGACAACUUACAAAUCAUCUUGAAAGUGCUUCAACUGAUCAACAUGCUUCACUCUGUUUGAGAACCAUAGAGAAAGGCACUUCUGAUAUUAGAGAAUCAUCCAGUCGUCCAAGUACUGUUCAGUCAUCACUUGCUAAAUUUGUUACAGUACAUAAGAGAAAGCUUGAUAGUGUUGGUACAACAUUAACUGAAGUCCCUCUCCUCAGGAAUGGAUGUGUUCUCUCUGAAUCGAGGAAAAACAGUUCUGAAAAUCAAACUGGCUUUCCCAGAUCUCCUUCUGAUUUUCACGAGGUUGGUCAUUCCGAUGAAGUUGAAAAGAAUGAACCUGAGCAUUCUAAGUGUUUAAGAGUGGACAAAGUCUGUAAUGAAACAGAGGUCCCGCUUUCUGUUGGAGGCAAUACCAACGAUAGGGAAUCUGGAGAGGAACUGAAAAUGCAAGAGAAAGCAUUGCCUGUUGAUAAUUCCAUACUAACUGCUCCAUCUAGCAAAUAUAUCGAAGAUGUCAAUGAAGAUCUAGAUGCAGCUACUUCAUUUCAAUCUUCUAGUCCGGCUUUAGAUAUUCCAAUGCCUUCUUCUGGUUUAAAAAUGGGUUCUACCUUGCAAUUUAGUGUUAAAGAUUUGAUUACUAGGAGGCAGCAGAGGCGGUCAAGAUUGCAAUCUAUCAAUUAUGCAAGUGGGAGAAUGAAGAUUAGAGGGUGUUACACUGUUGCAACACUUGAGCUUUCUCAAUCUAUAAAUGAAGCAGGGAAAGCAAGUGCUCUCGCUGCAGCCACAAGUGAGUUGGAGAGACUGUUCAAGAAGGAAGACUUUGGCCGAAUGAAGGUUAUUGGGCAAUUCAAUCUUGGGUUUAUCAUUGGCAAGUUAGAUCAAGACCUAUUUAUUGUGGAUCAGCAUGCUGCCGAUGAGAAGUAUAAUUAUGAGCGUCUGUCAGAGUCGACCAUCUUGAACCAACAGCCUUUACUUCGGCCUUUGAGGAUGGAGUUAUCCCCUGAAGAAGAAAUAGUGAUUUCCAUGCACAUGGAUACUAUCAGGAAAAACGGAUUUUCUUUGGAAGAGGAUCUGCAUGCUCCUCCAGGACACCGUUUUAAAUUGAAAGCAGUUCCCUUCAGUAAAAACAUCACUUUUGGAGUUGCUGAUGUAAAGGACCUUGUUUCGAUUCUUGCUGAUAGUCAAGGAGAAUGCUCAAUGCUCGGUACUUACAAAUUGGACACCUCUGAUUCGGUUUGCCCACCAAGAGUUCGCUCUAUGCUUGCAUCACGUGCCUGCAGAACAUCUGUUAUGAUUGGAGAUCCACUUGGAAGAAAUGAGAUGCAGAAGAUACUUGAACAUUUGGCAGAUCUCAAGUCUCCCUGGAAUUGUCCACACGGCAGACCAACAAUGCGUCACUUGGUUGACUUAACAGCUGUCCGUAAAAGGUCUGAUGAAGAUGAAAUAAGCUUAUGAUGGAACUCUCCAUGGUUCAGUUUCAGGACCCGCUAAUCUUUAACUUAAAUGUAUUAUUCUUGUAAAUUCAUGUAACCCUCUGCUCCCCCCAAACAAGCACCAUAUUUACUGGAACUUUGAAUCGCCCUCAUGUAUAUUUUCGAAUCCUUUUUACUUGUAAGUACAAACCCCAGAGGACAAGUUUAAAGUUGGGGCAGAGUUUCAUCUAAUUAGCCAAGGACUUUAAACCAUCUUCAUUUUGAGAUUGCUUCAUUUUGAAUGAUUUGAUGAUAAAUGAGAGUUAAAAGUGGGAGAUAGGAGCUUGAU